CUCUCCAAGAGCAUUAAUGCUUCGCGCGCCACUAUGCAAAUAGAGUUUGAUGAAACUUUUUUGCAGUUCUAUGAAGGAUCAGUCCCCAUAAUCCGCCAAAGUCUUCCAGCAAAUUCCCCGCUCUACUCUUUCAGUCCUCAAAAAUCUCAUACACCACCUCCAUCAUCCCUUCUCUCCCCUCUCCCUGUUUCGUUACCACUGUCACUACAUUUUCAGAAUCAAUAUCAAUAACCCUAGAAAUAUAAUAGGUAUCCACCAUUUCCAUAUAUCCUUCACUUUAAUUUGUCUUCCAAUUUCUUCUCCACAAUAUCGUUCUUUCUUCAAAACUUCUUUUGCAAGCAAAAAUUUUUUUACUCAAAAUCGAUUAUCUUGCGCCUUUGCGUUUGAAUUUCAAAGAAAUCUUCAAGAAUGAGUUGCGACAGCGAAUGUCGGAUAUCUCAAGUAGCUUCGCCGUCGAAUCAUAUCGUUGAAGAAUUCCGGAGAGGUUUUAAUAUCUCAUAUUCAAGAGACUACUUAUUGUCGCUAGCUAUCGUCAAUGCUACUAAGGAGCUGCCUUCCGGAAUUGAUCGGUCCAUUCUCAGGUCUUGAAUUACCAUGCACUGGCAGGAAACCAGGUGAUUCCAGCAUAGGAUCAUCUGAAAGAUGGGGCAGCUGUAAAUUGAGAUCAACGGACAGCAAGUCAGCAGAUUCCAGGAAAUUCUAUAGCAGCCAAUCUCCUUAUACCUGGAAAAAUCCUGGAUAUAAGGCCAACUUAAGAUCCACGCCCAAUUCUGAGCAUGAUGGCAUUCGAGGUAGCUGGUCUGCUUCAAAGCUACCAUCAGCUGGAUCUAAAGUGCCAACUAUAAAACUUCCUGACAAUUGUCUUCUAGUGGUAAAUACCUUUGAAGGCAUUUCUUGUGCAUGGUAAAGUAUGCUAAUUUUGUUAAAUAUAUAGUUAGAACUUACUUUAAGCUUAUCUUGGUCAUGUACUUUUUUUGUGUGUAAAAUGAGGUUUCUUGUAAUGAUCUGCAUUGUCAUGGUGUCUUGCUUAAUAGGAUACAUUGUUCCUCGGAUGUCUUGAUCUUAAUUUAGUUAUGUAUUGGCCAUGCCAAUAAGAUAGAUUUUUUAUCAACACCAUUCAAGGUUCUCUCACCCCUUAGCGGUCGUCGGAAUCCUCUACGCCGACGACCUGAUGGCGUGGGAGGAGUUGGAAAUUAGGUCGAGGGCGGUGUAUCUGCAGGUUGCAGAAGUUGAUCCAGAAAUUAUUUCUGCAUGGCCCUGGAGAAUAAUUCAUUAUUACUGCCAGGUUGGUUUAGAAUCGGUAGAGAGGAGGCCAUUCUUUGAUGACUGCAUGAGGCCGGUGUGGCACAUAAUUUGCGAGAAAUCUGGCUGGAGAUUCCCCUCGGGACUGCCGAAUAGUUUUCGUAGCUCAAGUCGGUGAGGGGCAAAUGCAUGAGAUUCUUGUAGGACAACUGAACUUGACCCUAAUAGACAGUUGGCAUGGUCUGGCCUUAGGGAUCAGGAACUUCUUUGCUAAUAUCCUGUUUUUACAAGAUGACAUGGCAACAAUUGAUCAAAUUAACCCGAUUAAUUGUUGCCCUGGUGCUACAGUUACAUAUUGGACUGACUUGAAGGAGAGGUUGUUUUGGACAUCCACCUGCCAAUUGCAAGAAAACCACGCACUGGACCGGAGUUACGUACAGCAAAGUUUAUUCAAAAUCAAGAUUUACGGGUAGUUUUCAAGUUUGAAGAUUUUUUUUUUUAAAUACCAAAAGCAUGAUGAUGAUGAUUUGUAGAUGAUUCCUGAUGAUGAUACUUGAUGAUAAUUGUUCAAGCAAAUUUUGGAUCUAAUGGAAAAUAGGAAUAAGUAUGAUUUUAAAUAAUUGUUGUGGGUUG